AUGGCGGCGACGCGGCUGGAGCUGAACCUCAUGCGGCUGCUGAGCCGGUGCGAGGCGCUGGCGGCGGAGCGACGAGACCCCGAGGAAUGGCGGCUGGAGAAGUAUGUGGCUGCUCUGGAAGACAUGCUCCAAGAGCUGAAGAAGCAGUCGAGCAAGCCAGCCCCAGAACUGAUGAAUGAAUACUCUCGCAAAGUGGACUUCCUGAAGGGACUUUUAGAUGCUGAAAAAUUGUCUUCAUCAACUGAAAAGGCUCUGGCAAGUCAGUUCUUGGCCCCUGGCCGUACCCCCACAACAGCCAAAGAAAGGACCCCAGCAACUAAAAGGGUUCACCUCCAGACAAAGGCUCGAUGCACAGGCAAGAUGAGGAGUGAGCUGCUUGGCACAGACCCCUUGGCUGUCAAUGAUUUUGAGGAGUUCACUAUGAGGAAGCGGAAAGGCCUCGCAUCUGAUGAGAAGCAGUCAGCGGUGGAGCUGGAUGCUGUGUUGCAGCACCACCAGGACAUGCAGGAGAAGUUAGCUGAAGAAAUGCUAAGUCUGGCUCGCAGCCUCAAAAACAACACUCUGGCUGCACAGAAUGUGAUCAAGCAAGACAACCAGACACUGUCACAUUCCCUCUGGAUGGCAGACCAGAACUUUGAGAAGCUCAAGGAUGAGUCUGAUCGCCUGGAGCAGCACGCCAAGAAGUCGGUCAACUGGCUGCUCUGGAUCAUGCUGAUUGUGGUUUGUUUCAUAUUUAUCAGCAUGAUUCUCUUCAUCAGGAUUUUCCCCAAACUGAAAUGAUUCUUUUCUUCAUUUAAAACUGCUAAAAGUGCAGCUCCUAAGCUGAGCUGGUGCAAGAACUCCCAAAGUCAGUUUCUUCACCACCUCUCAUGUCCCUGAAGAGGCUGUCCAUGACCUACCUUGCAUCUCUCUUGUUCAGUCACUGGAUUCAGUGAGGAGUUCCACGAAGGAGGUUUUCUGCACUUGGCUACUUGCUUAGUGAAUGUCGUUGCCCAUUGAGGGAGAACUGGGAUCCAGGUGGCACCUGCUCACAAGUUCCAUAGGGGCUAGAGACAGUCUUGGUUUUACUGUAGCAAAUGUUAGUAUCUCUAAAAGGCAUUUGCUGAUGGGCAGCAGAUGAACCCCAGCUGUUCUCUGGCCUUUUCUGAUGCUGUAGGACCACUGGAUGGGGCCUUGGGACCUGCCUGCUGAUGCCAUAGCAGCCCUGGGCCAGAGGACAGUAGGGGAAGAGCUGCUUGUGAAACCUAACUCUGAGUGCACUCCAUGGGGCAGCCUCUGCCUCAGAGCUGUUCCUUGCUACAGAAUGAGAAAGAAGGGAUUUUGACAUUUCUUACCUGAAGGGUUUUUGAUCGUUCAGCCCAAGGGUUGCAGGUUGGUUUGUCACUGGUUCACCCAAGGAGUGACACCACAAAGGAAGCUUUGCUAGCUCAUGGCCUGUGCUCCUUCUGUUCAAGCAAACUCUGCUGAAAUGUGCAGUUGCAGCAAUCCAGGUUUGGACAUCUCUGCUUUUCCCCAAACUUUUUCUUCAGCUGCAGUACUUGCUUUUUCCUUGGGCAUCAUUGGUGCCUGGAUGUCACCAAAUGAUUUUUGAGUUCUAAUUGCUUACUCGUUUCCCUGCAGCUAUUUCAGUUCUGAGCUCUUUUCUUAGAGCAGAGGCUGGAUGUGGUGCUGGAAUGUUUUGUGUGCAAGCCAUGCUGGGAUGAUACAACACAAAUGCUUCAGCUUCUGUAACAUUUUCUCCUUUAUUA